AAAAUGUCCAAACAAUAUUUCAAGUUGAAAACGGGCCUUUUUCAACCGGCCGGAGCGAUUUGAAGUUUCGUCCCGUUGAAAAUUAUUUUCAAGUUGUUAGCAAUGGCGGUAACUCGGGCCAGUUCGGCCUCAACCGUCUCAUUUUCAGUCGCUCCGGCUUAGUUUCACUUUUAACCGAGCCUCAUGCCUUUUUAACUUUAAACAUUUCUUCUUGGCUGUCAUGUCUUUGAGUGGUCGCGUUAAUCAAAACGAUAUACAAUCAUGGUGGGAAGUUCCGAGUAUUGCUCACUUUUGUUCCCUCUUUCGUGUAGCGUUUAAUCUUCUAGACUUUGACAUCGAGGAACUGGAGGAAGCUCUACUUACAGAUGGAACAGAGUUAAAUGGUAGUUCAUUACUUCAAGAUCUCAUCGUCAGGCUUUUAAGCGGGUGCCUUGGCCACAAUGGAAUAUCCACGUUCAAUUAUCAGAUGUUUCUUCGGAGGUUGUUCAGGACAAAGUGCAAAGAACAAGGAAGAGAAAACCCUUUCAAUACAGACAUUGAUUUUCAAUUUCUCCCUUUGCGAACCAAGGUUGAAAUACUUCAUACACUUUGCGACUUUCGUCUAGAUGCCGAUGAUGUUAUAGACGUUUUAAAGAAUUUGGACUCGGAUAGUUUAAGAGUUCAUCCGUUGGGCCACGAUGAAAAUAAAUCAGCCUAUUGGUAUUUCUAUGGGACGAGACUUUACAAAGAGGAUUAUCCCAAGAAGCGACGAAGAAAGAGAGAUCACGAUAAAAGGUCAAAGAGGAAACGGGCUGACGAAUCGUCUAGCGAUGACGAGACGGAAGAGGUUGGAAGUUCGAUGGGUAUGGGAACGUGGAAAGUCAUGUGCUACACCGAGGAAGACUGGCAGAAACUAGCCGAUUCGAUGGCCGGUUCGACUUGCAAGGAAGAGCGAAUCCUCUAUUCCGUUCUGUCCGAAGAUUUUUUGCCAGAGAUUCCGAGGCUUUUCGAAGAGAAGGAAAGGCUUCAAAGGAAGCGACUGUUGGAAAAUCAGCCUAGACGACAGUCGAGACGAUUAGAGAAACUCAAGUUCCAAAAAACAGAGCAAGACACAAAAAAUAAAAAAGAUAGAUAUUACGAUAGGGAAGUUGUAAAUAGGGAGAAAUAUCUUCAGAGAGUCAAAAAAUGUCGAGAAGAGCGUCAGAAAAGGGCUUUGGGAAGAUCAAAAUCAAGAUCUGACGACGAUAGCGCAUGCAGGGAGGGCAGUUCAUCCGUGCUUCCAGCUGGUCGCCAGACAAACAAUUCCCUCUCGUCAGCAACUGGUGCCAUUAUAAUAAAACCCUCCAAGCAGAAGUUUCAAGCAUCACAACUGUUUAGAAGAACUCGUGAAGAUUUAAUGACGGGCAUGUAUAAAAUACUGGAUAGAGUGAAAGCUGAUAGCGACUCUUGGCCUUUUCGGGACCCAGUAGAUGAAGCAUACGCCCCGAAAUAUUAUGCAGUGAUCGCAAGGCCGAUGGACCUUCAGACGAUGGAAGACAAACUGGACAAUGGAGAAUAUGGGUCUUUACAAGAGUUCAGAGCCGAUUUUCAACUCAUAGUUGACAACUGUCGACAGUAUAACGGUUCAUCUAACGAAUACACUGAAAUGGCUGUCAACAUGCAGCAACUGUUUGAAGCAUCAAUUGAAAGAUAUUUAGACUUAGAUGCAAGUUCAGAUGAUGAACUGUCAACAUUUAAUCGAAAUUAUUUAGAAGAAGAAGAAGAUAUGGAUGACGAUAGUCUUGGAAGUUCUUUAACCCCCUUAAUGAACGGGCCAAUGAGGAGUGACAGGAGUAGAAGUCUCAGUAGCAUUAGCAAUGGUACAAUAUCUGACCAGGAUUUACAAUAUUCUGACCCAAGGGAAAAAGAUUCGUUGAAGCUAGGUAGAAACAAGAGAAAAGUCAAACGGAAGAAAAAAUUAUAUCCAGAUUACAUAAGCAGUUUAGACGAGGACAGCAUGGAUACGAGCCAAAGCCCUAUAAUGCAAAAGAAAAAGCCCAAACGGAUUCUGGACAAGGGCAUGAAAAAACAACAGCAGAACAAAAAAUCAGCCGAAACUAGAGAUUCCGAGAGCAAAGACAUAAGCAGCAGGUUAAACAGCAGUAGGGACACGAGCGUCGAGGAUAGAAGCAAAGAAAGAAGUGAAACAAGCUUAGAACGGACAAGGCCUAAAAUAAACUAUAACGAACAGUAUUCUAGCCAAAGUGAUCUCGUUAGCGAUAGCUCACAAUCUGACGAUAGUUUUACAGAUAAAUUAAAAAAUAAACAUGCCAACAAGAAACCAGUUAAAAGAGCUGGGGUUAUUAAAAAUUUAGAGGCUCUUGAAGCUCUGGAAGUAGCUACUGAACAAACACUCAAGGAUAUUAACAAAUGGUUAGAUGAGACACCUAAAUUUUCCGAUUUUUCGUCAAAUUCAAAUUCACCUCUUCAUACACCCUUUCCUGAAGAAAUGGCUAGCUUGGAAGGAGAAUACAGAAGGCGGUUACAUAUGGACAGACCGAUUCGGCCAAGGGAUAGGUUUUCUAAUGAUUUGCAUAGAAGGCGUCUUUUUAAAGAGCAGAUGGGUCUAAAGAGGAGAAGAGAGAUCCAAAGGACGAUUGACAGACUGCAGCCAGGAAAAAGCAAGGGGAAUCUCCUUUCUAAAGAGAAUUUACAGGAUAAUUCGAACAAUGAGCCCAAGUUUCAAGUCAACAUCUUUAACGAUAGCACUCCUAAGAUAAGUCUAGGGAAAGUAUUAGAAACUGACGUUUUAGGUUUAGGAAUAGGCGAAUCUCCUACUGUUGUGAAAAAAGAUUCUGAUGAUGACUGUACACAAGAUAAGCUAAUUAUAGAAGAAGAUGGAGACUUCAUUGAUGAAAAAAUGUCUAAAGAGGAGGAAGAAUCAAAACCAGAGAGUGAAGUGGUGCUCGAAGAGAAAAAAACAGAACCAGAACCGCAAGAGCAGAAAAAGGAAAAACCUACUCCAAACUUGAGUGCUUGGUUUAAAGCUUUUGGAGCACCUAAGGCGCCAGUGAACAAAAAGAAAGUUGAACAAGAAGAAUCAAAAUUAAAUGAAAGGAAAUCUAAAGAUGAUGAUUUAGGCGAAGAUGAUAAGAAAUCGCAUGGCUUCGAUAUGGAACUUCCAGCUAGAAGGCAGAGGAAAGCCAGUACAGGAAGUAGUGUUUCUGAACGUUCUUCAUUUAGCCAGGAGCCGGCAGACCAUUCACCCAGACCUAGUUUAGAUGAACCGUACUUAUCUCCACAGCAAGAUAUAAGUAAAACAUAUCACCCUUCCCCAAUCAAUGGUACGAUAAAAGUAGGAUUUUACCAAGAUACUUGUUUUCCAAGGGGUUCUUCAGAGAAAAGUGGAUCGCCUCGAGAUAUGCCGAAUUGUUCUCCAAAAGAGCUUUCUGGUGCUAGUCCACAUCCUUCAUAUCACAGCCCAAGAAGUGCGAAUAUCAGUCCUAGAGAUUAUCGUAAUUCGAGCCCCCAUAGGCCGUACAGUCCCAGAAGUCAACCUAUUUCGCCCAACGAUUAUGAAAACAGCCCACGAGAGGUGUUAAACGCAAGCCCCCAUCAUUAUCAUCAAGACCUUAACAAUCCUCAAGAGCAUAUUGUCAAUCAUCUUCAAAGAGAAUAUAAAUAUCGCGAAUCGAGUCAGAGAUGCAGGGAAGAGAUUCCUCCUAAAAAUGAAUAUCCACCUUACAAUUCAGCUCCUCAUACUUCGGCUCAUGUGUACGGCGGAGUUCCAUCGAUUCCAUCCCAUUUGAGUUAUUACGACACGAAUAAAACGACUGAAAAUUUCCGCAAUGCAGAGAAGUCAUCAGUACCGAUUUAUCCUGUUAAAAAGAGAGCGUAUAGUGAAAUUGACAAUUCUAAAUCUUCUGAACAGUUGCCUGUAUACAAGAGUAGUGGAGGAUCUUUUACUCCUACGAGGGAAGCCAUGGAACAAGAAAGGACAUUUACGCCGACACCAGGAAGGAUUCCCGGGCCUUCACAGCCUCUCCGAGUAUCAGAUUCCAUCCCGACAAUGAGCAUUCAUCAUCCGUUACAACAUCAUCUUUUAGAUACGUAUGCUGAAGAAAGGCAUCUUUCAUCGCCAUAUUUCUCCAGUGAUAACUAUGCUAAAGUGCAAGGGCGUUCUCCACAUCCGUUGUAUCCUCAGCCAACUAAUUUUAGCCUUAAUCACGAUGUUCCGCAUAAUUUAGAAAGGAAUAAGAAAGAUGAAGUGAUGAAUAGGGUGAUGAGGGAAAGGAGUAAAUCACCACAUACAUCAGAGACUUAUAACCAAUCGCCUCCAGUGCUCAAUUACACUAGUAGAAGUAUAUCACCGUUAAAACCUCCUUCGCCUAGUUCUCCACUACCUCUCAAUUUCUCAAAUUGUGAUAAUUUAAGUAAGACUAGUGUAAGUUCAUCUAAACUGACAGAUUCGCGAGUUGAAGAAAUGUCGGGUUUAUCGUAUAGUAAAGUAACUUCAGGAGAAAUUCUCCAAAGUAAAAGAAGUCCUUCUUCUCCGAUUUCUUACACCACGAAUCGAUUGAAUGAAAUGAUUCCUCCGAAAGUCAGCUCGCCGUAUAAUCGUGCUAUUACCGAUUUACCGCAUGGUAUAAAUUACAACAGCGGACAAGAUUUAAGCAAGAUCAGUCUGGGAUACAGCAACCAGUCUGAGCUUCUUGCGGCAAAAAUGAAUUACAACCAUCAUCAAAUGGCAGAAUUGAUGCAGACCUCGAGAUACAACUAUCCUGAGAUAAUGCAAGGUAAAUCGGUUUACAGCCAUACCGCGAUGCAAGAAUUCAUCAAUGCAAAGGGCUCUGCGUACUCUAAUAUGAUACCGACAAACCUUACUAGUUACAACAGGUCUAUACCUGAGAUUAUGCAGGGCAAAGUCACUUCUGAAAUACCCCCACGAGAAGUAGUCUACUCCCCUCGGAACAUACCCGUGAAUAAACCCGAAACAGUCAAAUCGAAGAAAAGUAGGAAGAAAAAAUCUGAAACAGUUUCAGGCUUUCACCAGUAUGUUGCUCCUUCAUCCGCAGAGCCUAUAUCCUUAAAGACGAGUAGCGUCCCGGGCAGUGCCUUCAAUUUCGGCCCGCCUUUGAAAGAAAGCUAUGGGUCUUAUUUAGACGACAUUAGGUCACCUUAUUUCACACCUUCCACGGAAGGAGGCACAACGAAAACAGCGCCACAUACAACCGCCCCAUACUUUCUAGGCCAUCCUCCUAGUCGCGCCAGCUAUCCUCAUCCUUUUAUGAACACCCAGUAUCCCCAGUUGUUACACAGGCACCCCGAAGAACUUUUAAGACCAAUGGUACUUCACCAAGGGCUUAUCCCGCCACCGGCCGGCUAUCCGCCAGGUUAUAUAAUGCAUGAUACUAUAAACAGGCACUCUUGGUUAUGAGCAUUGUAGCUUCUAUCUUAAACUACAGUUUUAUUACAAUAAUCGCCUAAAUUGAAGUUGUUAAAAGUUUUGAAAUUACAAAAAAUUGUUUUUUUUUUUUGCCUUAAGAACAUUAUUUUUUUUAAAGAUUAAAGGUUGUAAGUGGCUCUUGAUCCUCCCUUAUCACCCUGGUCUUUGAGAGCAGCAGAUAAGCAAUGAUGAUCAGGGAUUGUUAUAAAUUAUGAUAUAAUUAAUAUCAUAUUUAUAUAACAAUUACACAAAUUGACCUUCAAAACUCAAUCCUAAGUUUUUGUAUUCUUUCUAAGUUCAUUUUUAUAAUAUUGACUGGUCAUUAAAAAGUAAGGGAAUUUUUUUUAAACUUUUAACAACUUUAUAAGGAAGAUCCAUCGUUUGCCUUAUUAAAUGCAAUUGGAUAUUGUGAUAGUGGACAUCAAAUGUUGUUCCUUUCAAAAUAAAAUAAGUAACAAUGUAAAUAAGAAUUGCAACCAAAGAUGGUUUACAAUAAUGGACCAAACACUCCACAUGUACAAAAACACUAAUAGAUAUAAAAUUGUAUAGGGUUUCUUUUUUUAAAUAUUUAAUUAUAUCAAUAAUUAUAUAUAUAAAAUAUGUAUAUAUAUUAUAUUUACACAAUAUAUUGUUCCAGUUAUAAGGGGUGUGUGUAUAUGUAUUAUACAUGCCCACACGUAUAUCUACUUACAUAUAUUGUAUGUAUAUUGUACAGUAAGUUAUGUUUAUCGAUUGUGCAAAUAGUACGUUGUAGAUCUUUUUUUCUCCCAGAAAUAACAUGUUAAUACUGUAAAUUUUUGAAUUAAAUGAAAAACUUUUAAUUUUUA